AUUUGACAGAGUAUCACAAAAGUAGAAUUAAACUAGCAGAAGAAGGUACAAAGGGACCAGGAUCUUUUGAUUAUGAUUGGCUAGACGCUUAUGGUGCACUAUGCAGAGGCGAAAUAUUGAAGGUUGUGAAUUAUGGAAUGGGAGGACAGUAUGAACCACAUUAUGAUUUUUACGAGGAUGUGGCAGUACUCGACCAAGUACCAGACUUCUUAAAGAAUACAGGUGACAGAGUUUCUACAUUUUUAUUUUAUUUGAAUGACGUUGAAGCUGGGGGUGCAACAGUCUUUCCAUACGCCAAGGUUCAUGUCCCUGCAGUUAAGGGAGCGGCAGCGUUUUGGUUCAACGUCAAACGUUCUGGUGAAAAUGACGCAAGAACUCUUCACGCAGGCUGCCCCGUUGUUCUCGGACAAAAAUGGA